UAUUUUAUUCAAUCUUGUAUAUCCUGGUAUGCAAUUCGAUAGAUUUGAUACCCAGGAACUCAAAAAUGCAUGCCCUUUUGUAAUUUGAUGGAUAUCUGUAGAAUAGCAGCUAACAAUUGCAGUCGAUGCAAACUGUUUACCAUAACUCUCCAACUGUAUAAAACCAACUCUGAUAAUGCUUAUCAAUUGCAAUUGUUGAUGCAGCCGCUUUACAUAACAGCUGAAGUGGAUGCAAGAGAUUAGACGCCAGCUAGUUGUGGUCAUAAAAGCCUUAGAAUGCACCACAACUGGCAACAGUCGCAAUUGAAUAGUGUCUAUAGAAUAAUCACUGGUCUCAAAUGCAGUACAAAUGUUUUUUAUUUCUACUGCUGAUUUCCUGCUGUUGGAUUCCGGCACAUUGCUAUUUACCGGACGUAAAUAUAUUCACCAACUACCGCACAGAGGUGUACAAUGGCAUACCAUCGGAUAUAGACACUACACCUUUUAUUAGAAUCGGUGAUAACUAUUACUAUAUAGAGUCGAUGAAUAAGGUGAAUUGGUUUCAAGCUGCAGGCGCCUGUCGCAUGAUGAACGCCCAUCUGGCGUCCAUUGAGGAUAAGCCGGAGAUGGACGCGCUGGUUAAGUAUAUCAAGACCAAGGGCUUUAAGAAUAACGACUACUUCUGGAUAUCCGGCAAUGAUCUUGGCACUGAAGGCGCUUUCUAUUGGCUGUCGACGGGUCGUCCCAUGACCUAUGCACCUUGGAAUGGAGCCAAGCAGAUGCCAGAUAAUUAUGGCGGCAAUGAGAACUGCGUCCACAUGUUUGGCGCUCGUGAGCUGAUCAACGAUGCCAAUUGCAAGAUCCUUAUGCUUUACGUAUGCGAAGCCAGCGAUCCCAAGACUUUUAAAUUUACGUACAUUAAGUGGUGAGAAUGGGAGUUGGGUUGUGUUUUGUUUUUUUUUGCGCGCACUAGGACGCGGCAUUUAUUUAGCUGUUGCUUCGGCAAUCAGCUGUAUACUUUUCUUCAUCUUCAUCAGAUUUUCUUUCUACUUUGCUUCAUCGUUCAUCCAUUAUAAUUAUCGUUAUCAUUAUCAUUAUCAUCGUCUUACGCAUCAAUUAGCUAAGUAUACAUUAUACAUCAGUUGAGUUUAAGUUUAUGCAUAUAUAAGACUAAAUUGUUACGAAUUCGACUUACAGAGCUAUGAAAAUUCACAUAUACACAUACAAUGGGAUAUUUCUCUUAUGUAUGCUUGUUGUGUUUUUGUUUGUUUUUUGCUUAUAUAUCAUAUAUUUAGAUCUCAACAAUCGCUGUAGCCUUUAAUGCUAUAUAUGUAAUUAAAUCAAUCGAAAAAAACAAACA